AUGCCUGUCCAACCGGGACUGGGCACACCGGCGUCGCGCCUGGCGUACGUCCUGCUGAACCUUGUGGGACAGACCGUCCGGAUCACCGUCACCACUGGGAGCACGUAUGUGGGAAGGCUGCAUGCUGCCGAGCCUAUGGACGGAUCGAGUCGUGUAGCUGCUGCAGAUGGCGCUGCUACGGCGGCGGCGGGCGCGUCGGCUGGCGGCGGCCUCGGCAUCGUUCUCCGCAUGGCCCGCAAGGAGCCGGUCGAUGCCUCGGCCCGGCCGCUCCGCAUGGUCCUCUUCCGCCCGCAGGACGUGCUCUCGAUCGUGGCCGACGACGCCCAGUUCCUGGAGGACAUCCCGGGCUCGGGCACCUAUGCCCGUGACGUCUUUUCUACCGAUGGCGCUAUCGCGGGCAAGGCCGGCCGCGCAGGCGGCGAGCGCGAGCUCGUCAAGUGGGACGUGGCUGGCGGCGACGAGACCGACUCGGCCCUUCUCUCGCUCGACGACCACAGCGGGUCGACAAAGUGGGAUCAGUUUAAGGUCAACGAGGCCAAGUUUGGCGUCAAGACCGACUUUUCAGAGGAAAAGUACACAACAAAGCUCGACACCUCGGAUGCACGCAUCCGCGCCGUCCGCGAGGAGCACCGCAAGUACUACAAGACCGACAAGUCUGAAUCGUACGAGUUUGCCGGCGACGAUGCUGUCGACGAAGAAGACCGCUUUUCGGCUGUCAUUCGUGACACCCCAAAGGGCAAGGGCAAGUCCAAGGGCAAGGCCAAGGGAAAGGGCAAGGGUAACCCCAAGUCCAGCCCCCAUGCCAACGCCAACGCCAACGCCAACGCCAACGCCAACGCCAACGCCAACUCCAAGCCCAAGAGCAAGGGCAAGCGUGCCAGCCAGACCGACCCACCGCUCCCGCACUCUGGCGGCGCCUACGUCCCACCCGCUCGCCGUGGCCCGUCCUACGCCGCCGCUGCAGCUUCCGCCGCAACCAAGCCCAAGGCUGAGCCCGAGGCUGAGCCCAAGGCUGAGCCCAAGACCAAGCCCAAGGCCGAGGCUAUAAUGACUCGCCUUGGGUUUGGCGUCAAGACCGACUUUUCAGAGGAAAAGUACACAACAAAGCUCGACACCUCGGAUGCACGCAUCCGCGCCGUCCGCGAGGAGCACCGCAAGUACUACAAGACCGACAAGUCUGAAUCGUACGAGUUUGCCGGCGACGAUGCUGUCGACGAAGAAGACCGCUUUUCGGCUGUCAUUCGUGACACCCCAAAGGGCAAGGGCAAGUCCAAGGGCAAGGCCAAGGGAAAGGGCAAGGGUAACCCCAAGUCCAGCCCCCAUGCCAACGCCAACGCCAACGCCAACGCCAACGCCAACGCCAACGCCAAGCCCAAGAGCAAGGGCAAGCAUGCCAGCCAGACCGACCCACCGCUCCCGCACUCUGGCGGCGCCUACGUCCCACCCGCUCGCCGUGGCCCGUCCUACGCCGCCGCUGCAGCUUCCGCCGCAACCAAGCCCAAGGCUGAGCCCGAGGCUGAGCCCAAGGCUGAGCCCAAGACCAAGCCCAAGGCCGAGGCCAAGGCCGAGCCCAAAGCAAGCCCCAAGCCUAAGAUCAAGUCCAAGCUCAACCCAAACGCAAAGGAGUUUACGCUCAAUCCGUCGGCGCCGGCAUGGACGCCCAAGCCCAAGCCACCGCCACCGGCCCAAAACCCGCGUCCCAUGGGCAUGCCAGGCUACAUGCCGCAGAUGGGCCACCCCGCCCCGCUUGCGGCGCCCAUAGGCCACCUCUACGGCGACGCGCUCGCCAGCCAGGCCUACCCGCCACCGGCAGGCGUUGACCCCAAGUGGCCCGGCGCGCCGGGCGAGGGCUCCUUCCGCUCGCAGGGCUCGGGCGAGAUGAACCCGGCCCAGUACCAGCUGAUGAUGGCCCAGGCCCAGGCCCAGGCCCAGGCCGGCGCGUACUACGCCCCGCCGCAUCCGUCACCACCGCCGACGCAGGCGCCCCAGCCGUACCCGGGCGCGUACCACCCGCAGCACCCGAGCCACCAGCCGUACCCGUCGUACUUUCCUCCAGGCGCGGGCGCUCCGCCGCCGCACGGCCCGCCUCACCAGUAA